AUGAGACAACUGUUCAAGGAUAAGCAGUCGUUCAACGUCGAUAUCUCGGCGUGGAACGUGGGUCAGGUGACGGAUAUGUUUAACAUGUUUUCGAACGCGAUCUCGUUCAAUCAAAACAUCGGGGGUUGGGACGUGUCCUCGGUGACGCAGAUGUAUCAAAUGUUUCACAACGCCACAGUAUUCAACCAAGACAUCAGCGGUUGGACCGUCGCCCAGGUGCAGGACAUGGCAUACAUGUUCUCCGAAGCCAAGGCGUUCGACAAGGACAUCACCAGUUGGAGUAAUUAUACUGGAUCCGGUUCCCCCGUUUACGUGCAGAUGUUUGUUGGCGCCACGGCGUGGAACGCGGCGUGGGGUCGACCCGGCGGCUUGCAGAACUUCGACGGACCAGCGAGCGUGUGGGCGGUCGACGGCACGUACACUCCACCGCCACCACCACCGAGCCCACCACCGCCGAGUCCGCCGCCACCACCGAGCCCACCGCCGCCGAGCCCGCCGCCGGCGGACGUGCCCACGUACGGCAUAGGCAUCAUGAUGGGCGGCGGUCUGCUGUGCGUAUUUUUCGGCUACAAGUACUACCGACGACGUCAAAAAGCGCGCGCGCCCGCCGUGAGCAUCAAAGAUCGCAUGGAUGAGGACGAAGAAGCCAUGACUAAGUCGACGGUGGAAUUCUUCGACAAGUUGGACAGCGGCCGCAUCAAGUCGCCGUAA